UUUGUAUCCUAGUGUUUUGUGAGCCAGGAAGGAAAAGGUAUUUGAAGCGUACAGAAACCAUAACCAUGUAUAGGACCUCUUCCAGGUGAAGGUCCAUUCCACAGCAUCUUGGUUGCUGGAUCCAGUCUCCUGUGGUCUUGGUCUCCUCAUAACCGAGGCUCUCCUUCUGCGAGGAGGGGCCGGGCCACUGGUCCUGUUCCUCUGCCCAGCCUGACCAGCAUAUUCUCCCUGUGCAUCACCCCAGCUCACCCAAAUCCUCUCCUCACCUUUUAGGAAAUCAGCCACUACUCUGAAAUACUCCAGAACAGCAGUGUGACUCCAGAAACCUCCACCCACCUCCUCAUUAUUGCUCUCUCCCUUCAUCUUUUCUUGGUCUUCAAUGGUGAAUCCACAGUGCCCUCCUCUAUCCAUCAACGCCAGAAAGAAGUAAGGGUUGCUCUGGAAAUGAGGGAUGGGUAAAGUGUUGACAUGCGGGAGAAGAGGGUCGUCACUGCUGCAGAUACAGAGCACCGGCACGUCCACCUCAUCUGCAUCCCUUAGUGGUUCAUUCCUCUCCCAGUAGCCGUCCCAGUCCUUAGCCGGGAAAGCCCUUUCGCCCAGCAUCCACGCUGCCGAGGGCGCCACAUCCCAAGUGUGAUGAGGACGUGGGUUCAGUCUCGAGUUUAAAUUAUUUGUUAAUUGGUGCUGAUCCUGGGCUGAAGAGCAGAACAGAGUUUCUUCAAAGUCUCUGAGGGAGGAAGAGCGGAGAGCCUGGUCCACGUCCACGACUGCUCUGAAGGAAUUUGUGUAUCUGAAACAUUUUUUUAUACAUUAACACUCUUUCCAUUUUUUUCCCCCUACUCUUGUUCAUCUCACCUACUGAGCUGCAAUUUACGGAGAAACAGCGCCCCCCAGCGAUACAUGGCAGGCAUGGGUGUCUCAAACCACAUUUGGCCCAGAAGCACAGGUGAGAUGGCUGCAGCUGCUGUCAGGUAUGUGCUUGAUCCACAUUCACCCAAGUAAGAGAGGAGAACGCCUUAACCUGAACCCUCACUCACUGCCACCAGCACAGAGGACGGGUGGCACCUGUGGACAUAAUUCACCACCUUUAAAAUGUAGGAAAUCAAUGUGUAUAUUCAAAGUUUUCUAAAAAAUUAAGUUGUGCUAUGAGUGAGUAUAAUAUUAUGAGCAUAAAGUCAUAAUUAUUAUUCAAGCAAAAGAUGAGGACAGCCGAGCAUUUUAUUAAAGAUAUAUUUUGUGGUGUGCUUCACAAAAAUCGAAUCUUCUGUCACAUCAGCACCACAUGAUGCAUGAUGAGUCACACAGACUUUGUCACGAUCAUCUCUUUUGUCGUCAUCAUCAAUCAUCUCUUUUCUAUUGAAUUACAAUACUUACCCAAGUAUCACAAUCCAACUGAGUCAUGACAAAAGCAUCUAAUCUCAGCCCAACUAUGAUGUACCAAGAGUUUCAGCACACUUCCUGAUACGUUAAGCUUUCCAACAAUGUCUAAUACAUGAAAAUCUGAAAUUACUUGAAGAAGGGGGGGCCAUUUGAAUGUCGGCACUCCUCAAACUGGUUUAGGUUUAGAAUUUUAGCCUCAAAGAUUUACACCUUCUGGGAGCCAAGUGACUGUAUCAUCACAUUUAUGUCGUCCUACCCCAUCCCGGUCUAGCCGCCGGUGACAUCUGAUAUCCUGAUAGCCCACAGGACCGAAACCAUUGUAGUAGUUUGAACAAUGGUUAUCAAUUGCAGGUCUAGGGAUAUUAUCUCCCUUUCCAAAGCACGUCGGAGAACUACAGUGUCUAUCCCAAAACAGAAAGGGUGUUAUUAUCCUUCAUUUGUGCGUGCUGUGAUGACCCCGCCCAUGUUGAGGGAGGUAUUACAGUAAUGGAAAACGACGUGACUUAUGCACAGUUUUCUCUUGGUACCUGCUCAAGAUCAUUUGGGUCUCCAAACUCAGUCAGUCGUGCUGUGGUCAGCGGGCAUCCCGCCGUGCCGCAGGUGGUGAAACACUGCACCAUAAAAGCCCUGAUGCAUUGCCUGAUGGGCCAGUGCCUUUAAGUGGGGGGUCAUCCCCACCCAUGACUGACGGAUGAGGAGGACAGGAGGUGUCGAUGUGAAGCAGCCGAGGGUCUUUCCCCCCAGCUGAUGUUCCUUCCUGCCGUCCCACCUUUUCCUCGCAAACCUUCUCACCCCAUCUUGUGCCCACAGCCCAAUCCAAGGCUACAAUCCCCCCAUCUCGCAGUAGCAGGUUCUCUCUUGUGAACUGUAUCGUGUCCUCAAGUUGACCACACAGCAGGCUGCACAGAGUCUGGACUUGGGGAUCCCCUUUGGGCCAGGGAGCCAGUCUCGGCCUGGCCAGAGAGCCACAGUGCUGAGUCAAAUAUUUGGCCAAUGCGGUGGAUUUGCAGAUGAGCCUGGGUUCUUCUUCAGUCCUCACAGGUCACCCUGUCCAGUGACAUGUGGCGGCCCAGUGGACAACCAGGCACAGCAGGAAAAGAAAGAGAGAAAUGGCUCCUCCCCGGACAUGGGAUGUUAAAAAGUGAAGCAUCCCCAAUGAAGUUUUUCAUUUCCACAAGCGCAUUGAGAGCUGAGGUACACCUGAAUGGUCGUUGUGCAGAAAUGAGGUGGUUUUCUGCGCUGUGUCUCCUGCUCCUGCAGACUGGGGCUCAUGGAUUUGACCUAAAUGAACAAGACACAUCGCUGAGUCAUCAGGAGAUCACUGAAGCUGCACUCUUAAAGGUCACAUUGGAGGUUUGCCAUGCGGUGGCCAAGGCCGUAGGCAGAUACAUCAAAGAGCCUUCAGGGUCUCUGACUGCUACAAAGGUUGCCGUUGCAUGUGAAGCAGAACAAUCUUCCAAAUCUUUCAGCAAUGCUAUCGAAGUGAUCAAAGACGAGAAUGUGGGAGUCGACCAGCUUUUUUUCUGGAGCUCCCAUCACCACUUUGAUGCUGAACAAUUUACAAAGGGAAAGAAACUGGUCACGGAUGGCAUCGCCGCUGUGAAGGCCAACAACAAACUCCAAAAAUAUGAAGCAGCAAGAGAGAGACUGGGACAGUUAUUCCACACUUUACAGGAUUUCUACAGUCACAGUAACUGGGUGGAAAUUGGAAACAAGAAUCCAAAUACCAAUCUGAUCAAAGUUAACGCGGACAUUGGAAAAACAGCAGAUAAAGACAGAGCGACCUGUCGGAGCUGUGUUGGAGACGACUGCAAGAACAACAUUUUGGAGGAUAUCUUAAAGGAAAAAAUUCUGACCACAGGAUAUUUUGAUGCUGUUCCUCCAUCCAGCAAACCUGCAGGUAAAUGCAGCCAUGGAGGUAAAUUUGAUAGAACAAGAAAAAUGGACCCUAAAGGUGGGAUCAACAAAGACACACUUGAUUCUGAACAUGGACAUCUUCACAAUCAAGCAGCAAACAUGGCCAUAGCUGCAACCAGUGAAGUACUGCAGGACGUUCGAGCAGCUGCUGGUGACAAAGAAUUCCUACAGAUGAUGGGAAUCAAAAAAGGAAAACCUCUUUGCUUUGUGAUUGACACCACAGGAAGCAUGGGCAAUGACAUUUCCACAGUGAGAACUAUCACCGCUGCUAUAAUUGACAGUAAAGCGGGAACAGAUGACGAGCCUUCAGAUUAUGUUCUUGUACCAUUCAAUGAUCCAGACUAUGGUCCACUGACAAGGACCACAAAUGCAGAUGACUUCAAGAAUGCCAUCUAUUCAUUGUCAGCAGAUGGUGGAGGAGAUUUCGCAGAGAUGAGUCUUUCAGGAAUUCAGUUGGCUUUAACUGGUUCUCCUCCAGGUUCUGAGAUUUACGUCUUCACAGAUGCAUCUGCUAAAGAUGGGUACCUGUUAGGCAGAGUGCUCGCACUCAUAGAGCGAACCAAAUCAGUGGUGACGGUCCUGAUUACUGGCUCCCUGGGUUUACGUCGUCGAAGAGAAACUCUUGAGGACAAUCCCCUAGGCUCCGUGUACAAACAGCUGGCCGAAGCUUCAGGAGGUCAGGCUAUUCAGGUCUCCAAAAGUGAGCUGGCUGAGGUCACCAGCAUUAUAACAGAUACCUCCAGUUCCUCUGUGGUCAAGCUUCUUCAAGCUUCCCGGAAUGCUGGAAACCCCGAUAAUUUCACAUUUUCGGUGGACGAUUCAGUGAAGAACCUGACGAUGUACAUCACAGGGCGCUCUCUCGCCUUUACUAUCACCAGUCCUUCAGGUGUAACUCAGAGCAGCACUGACACGACCGGACCACUGGUCGUUUCAUCCAGCACAGUCGGAAACUUCCAGACUGUGAAGCUAAACACACAAGUGGGUGUGUGGAAAGUUGAAAUGGUGUCAACAAGUGCCUACAAUCUGAAGGUCGUGGGUGAGAAUCACAUUGACUUCCUGUUUACCUUUUUGAAGGAUUCAGAGAGCCCAUAUGGAGGUUUAGAGGUCUUAUCUAAUCGUCCAAGAUCUGGUGAAAAUAUUACCUUGAGGGUGACAGUAACCGGGAGUGACUCCGCCACAGUGACAGAAGUAACUCUGGUUGAAUUUUUCAAGUCAGUGAUGGUGAACGGCAGCGUGGAGGAUCAAGGUAAAGGGGUCUUCCACGUUCGAUUUGACACAAUACCAUCAGAUGAUUUUGUGGUGUUGGUGAUGGGACAGACCAACACCAGCUCCACCAGAAAUAGUGCCACAUCCUUCCAAAGGCAGUCAUCCUCCUCUAUCAAGGCUUCUGCUGUGUCAGUUAGCAUUACUCUUCCAAACAGGGUUGCAGAACCAGGAGUAUCCUUUUCUGUUCCUUUCUCUGUGUCGACCAGUGGGACGGGAGGAACCUUCACCAUCGCAGCUACUAAUGACCAAGGUUAUAGCUCAUCUUUCCCGCCCAGUUUAUCCCUGCCGACUGGAGGCAGUGCUAACAGCACGGGAACAAUCACAGCACCGCCUGACACACCGUCUGGUACUGACGUCACCCUGACCAUUGAGGCUACUUCUCCAGGCGGGGACACCAACUAUGUCGUGCUGCGUUUAACCGUCCUUGUCCCGGUGACUGAUGUCACUGCACCAGUGUGUCAGCUGUCCAAUGUGACUGACAGCUGCUCAGACAUCUGCACUGAAUCUACGUGGGGGGUCUCUAUGCAGGUGCGCGAUGAGGUCAAUGGGACAGGCAUUCAUAGUAUCACCUUCAGACAAGGUGACGGGAACUUGAACACCACCCUGCUCUCAGGCACCGACAGCAUAAUGCUGCUGACCUACAAUGCGUCCUGUUGCUCACCUGAUGUGGAAAUAAUAGCUGUGGAUAAUGUGGGUAAUGUAAAGUCUUGUUUCUUCUCUGUCCGGAGAGCGACCACCGCGAUGAGCACUACACUCAUCACAACCACCACAGCCAUUCACAACAUCUACACCAAAUCUACCACAGCCACUAACAACUACAGCACCAACUCUACCACAGACGCUAACAACUACAGCACCAAAUCUACCACAGACGCUAACAACAACAGCACCAAAUCUACCACAGACGCUAACAACAACAGCACCAACUCUGACACCACCACCACCACCAUUGUUACCACUCCGUCCAAGACAUCAUCAGCUGCUGUGCCGUUGUCUACCGGUGCAGCUCAGCUCUUUGUACUUUUCCUCAGUGCCAUAAUUCUAAGCCUCUGUUAACUCAGUCAGUCUAAACAUGUUACUGUGGAUAAAGAAUUAACUUCACUGCAGUUGCCCAUUUAAAACCUAUGGGUUGGAAAGUAAUUAAUUACAUUUACUCCUGUUACUGUAAUUGAGUAGGUUUUUUGUGUA